GCCAGCUCAACCCUCUCACCUCACCCUGGGACUUCUCUUUCUUCUCAGCCCUGCCACUCCUCCUCCCUCAGCUUUAGAGGUGCUUUCAGGGGCUUGACCGCAUUUGAUGCUCAGAAGCAACUUCAUGAGGUCUCUGGCCCCUCCCCAGGACCAUGCCGCAGCUCCACUGACCGAGGAGUAGGGGCCUCAGGGCAGGACACCUGGAAUGGGCUGUGUGUUCUGCAAGAAGUCAGAGCUGGGGCCCAAGGAGGAUGUUGGCCUGGAGGGGGAAUUCAAGAACUACGGGGCUGCGGACCGCUAUGGCCCUGACCCUACUCAGACCUGGCCUGCGCCCUCCUUUGCCCAGAUCCCCAACUACAACUUCUCCACUCAGCCCACCAGCCCCGCCUUCCUCGAUGGGAGCAUGGUCAGGGGCAUGUCAGGGAUUGGGGUGACCCUGUUCGUCGCCCUGUAUGACUAUGAGGCUCGGACAGAAGAAGACCUCACCUUCACCAAGGGCGAGAAGUUCCACAUCCUGAACAACACUGAAGGUGACUGGUGGGAGGCUCGGUCCCUCAGUUCAGGACAAACUGGCUACAUUCCCAGCAACUACGUGGCCCCAGUGGACUCCAUCCAGGCUGAAGAGUGGUACUUUGGAAAGAUGGGGAGGAAGGAUUCCGAGAGGCAGCUGCUCUCCGCAGGCAACCCCCGGGGAGCCUUUCUCAUUCGGGAGAGUGAGACCACCAAAGGCGCCUACUCGCUGUCCAUCAAGGAUUGGGACCAGACCAGAGGCGAUCACGUGAAGCAUUACAAGAUCCGAAAGCUGGACACGGGUGGCUACUAUAUCACCGCGCGGGCCCAGUUUGACUCGGUGCAGGAGCUCGUGCAGCACUACAUGGAGGUGAAUGAUGGGCUGUGCUACCUGCUCACAGCACCCUGCACCACCAUGAAGCCGCAAACACUGGGCCUGGCCAAGGACGCCUGGGAGAUCAGCCGCAGUUCCAUCACGCUGGAGCGCCGGCUGGGCACUGGCUGCUUCGGGGAUGUGUGGCUGGGAACAUGGAACGGCAACACGAAGGUGGCAGUGAAGACACUGAAGCCGGGCACCAUGUCCCCGAAGGCCUUCCUGGAGGAGGCGCAGAUCAUGAAAUUGCUGCGACAUGACAAGCUGGUACAACUGUAUGCAGUGGUGUCAGAGGAGCCCAUUUACAUCGUGACAGAGUUCAUGUGCCAUGGUAGCUUGCUGGAGUUUCUCAAAGACCAAGAGGGCCAGGAUUUGAGCCUGCCCCAGUUGGUGGACAUGGCAGCCCAGGUAGCUGAGGGCAUGGCCUAUGUGGAGCGCAUGAACUACAUCCACCGAGACCUGAGGGCAGCCAACAUCCUUGUUGGGGAGCGGCUGGUGUGCAAGAUCGCUGACUUUGGGCUGGCCCGUCUCAUUGAGGAUGAUGAGUACCACCCCCGGCAAGGGGCGAAGUUCCCUAUCAAGUGGACAGCCCCAGAGGCUGCCCUGUAUGGCAGAUUCACCAUCAAGUCAGAUGUGUGGUCCUUUGGAAUCCUACUCACUGAACUCAUCAGCAAGGGCCGAGUCCCUUACCCAGGCAUGAAUAACCGGGAAGUGUUGGAACAGGUGGAGCAUGGCUACCACAUGCCAUGCCCCCCAGGCUGCCCCGCAUCCCUGUAUGAGGUCAUGUUGCAGACCUGGCGUCUGGACCCGGAGGAGAGGCCUACCUUCGAGUACCUGCAGUCCUUCCUAGAGGACUACUUCACCUCCACAGAACCCCAGUACCAGCCUGGGGAUCAGACAUAACCUGUUUGGGCAUCUGCCACCUCUUUAGGGGUACCCACCAGCUCUUUUCAAUCCCCAGGGCUCUGGUCCCAAAGCUCCCAGGCUUAGAACCCUAUAGAGUCCUAGCAUGUCAGAGCAAACAGGUUAAUCUGAUGUCAUUGAGGACAAUCCACUCAUUUUAAGGAUGAACAAACUGAGGCUCAGAGAUCAUCCUUCACCGUUUUACCCAAGGCACUAUUUCUCUCUUUCCAAAUUAGGACCCUACAUGCCUCUAGUCUCCCUUCUCCCCCCACAAAAAAAGAGAAAUACUCAGACCUUGUCUAGUUAUUUAUAAAACUGUGUAUCCUUUCCCUCACUUACCCCUACCCCCCACAUCCUUGCAUUCCUACCCUUCAUCCCACCCUGGUCCAGGACCCCAGAAUUCACCUCCUACUGAAUGCUCUUGUGUCUGUAAGUUACAAAGAGAGGGAAGGACUUUGCUGGAUCCCUUUCCUGCUGGGUGUACCCUAUAGUUCAGGACUGGGGUCCAAGGCCAAGA